CACUCAGCAAAUCAUUAGGAAGAAGAAGAAAAAACAGAAAACAUGAGUGAGCUUCUCUACUCUAAUUUACCCACUUGGGAUCUCCAUAACCUUGGAUCACUCUUCAAGCCUGACUUCAAUCUUGAUGCAUGUGGAUACAUGAAUGGAUCGCCGCAACAGAUUUACAGAUCACCAGAGAUGGGUUAUUCUGACGUCUCCACUGGUUACCUUGAGGACGCACUUAUCGAGUCUUGUGAGAGAAGCAAAAGAAGACGUCUUUUGUUCGAGGAUCCAUCAAAAUCUCUCAACGAUAGCUACUCAUCGCAGAAUGAUUGGGGCCUGCAUGAGAGUUAUAGCUGUUUGGAAAGUCAGUUUGUCACUCCACAUGUUUACACAGAUGAACGUAAGAAUGUAAAACGUGGCCUUGAAGAGCCAAUAUCGACCAUGUACGAGUCCCCCGAUACUUCUGUUUCUCCCGACAAAAUCUAUAUCCGAGAAAAAUCUCCAACCGAACCAUCUUUGUCUGAUUGUGGUAAUAAGAACAAAAGACUAGUCUACCCAUUUGGAUUGGUGAAACCAGGUGGUCGAGAAGAAGAUAUAACCCUGAAUGAUGUAAAUAAGAGGAUCCUAAUGCCACCGGCUCGACCUGUUCGACAUCCCGUUGGAGAAUUUGCCUCUAGACCGUGCAUCUCGACCCAUGGACCAGGUCUCUCCGGUAAAACCGUGGUGGCUCUUACUAGGAUCCAAACACAAGGAAGGGGUACAAUUACCAUAAUCAGAACUACAGGGUGAAUUAUGUAAAAUUUAUUAGUCAGUUGUGCUUGUGUGUUUACAGUAUAAUUGAGGUUAAUUGUAGAAUAGAAAGCCAAAGUAAUCAUUGGCUAUAAGAGAAACUUUCAACUUUUGUAAAAAGAAAAUAGGGAGGUAAACUUCGAAAAAUGUUGUACAAUAAUAACCGGUGGGUUUUUUCAGACAUGAAUAUUCACAUUACCUUAUAUAUUUUGAAUUGCUG